GUACUUUUGUGGGUUGCAAUAGGUCCUUUUUCACUACUUCUUCUUCUUUUUUUCUUUUCUUUUUCCUUCUAUUGCUGCCGUCUGUGACGGAGCAGCUGUUGCUCCCUGGGGAGGUAACCUCGCUAUUGCAGCUUUCUAGGCUACAACAGCUGAAGGAGUACCAGGUAGCGAAAAGACAAGGUAAUGGCGAUGGCGGAAGAGGCCGCUGCCCCAACAGUGCCAGAGGCCGCGGCAGGCCGUGAGCCGCAGCGACGGUCAACCACGGUCCGCUGGAAGAGAUUCCUCAAGGGAUCGAAGAAAGACACAGAGUCCGAUUCUGUGGAAGGAUUCAAGGGUUACCGUGAGAGGUGGACACUCGGUAUAUUGAACGAUAAAGAGACAGAUGAGGUUCCCGGCACCGUCCUGCUCCUUUCAUCGAAUCGGAAUGAGCCUCUGGGCUUGAGACACCAGCCAGCGCGGACCUCUGCGUCGUCCAUUCCUGAACCCUUGCCUCCGUCUCGUUCAUCUUCCCGGACAGGUGCUUCGACAUCACACGUAAAGAAAACAUCGGAUGGCAAUAUCGUGUUGGAUCCACAACCGGAGGACUCAUUGAAUGACCCUCUCAACUGGCCGCAAUGGCGGCGAGAUGCUGCUUUGAUAUCGCUCGGGCUGUACUGCAUGAUGGGGGGUGGAAUGACACCGAUUCUGGCUGCGGGUUUCAACGAGGUGGCAGCGACUUAUAGUGUAACUACCCAGCAAGUCGCUUUAACAACAGGGCUGUAUAUGCUGGGCAUGGGUAUCGGCUCCGUCAUCAUGUCUCCAACCGCCAUUCUUUAUGGCAAACGGCCCGUGUAUCUUCUAGGGAUCACUCUCUUCAUCGUUUCAGCCGUUUGGUGUGCUGUUUCUCCUAACUAUGCCAGUUUGGUCGUGGCUCGGAUCUUCCAGGGUAUCGCUGUGAGUCCGGUGGAAUGCCUUCCCUCCGCGACCAUUGCCGAGAUCUUCUUUUUGCAUGAACGGGCGUAUCGAGUGGGCAUUUACACUCUUCUUCUCCUGGGUGGUAAGAACCUUGUACCACUUGUUAGCGCAGCUAUCAUCCAGAGUCUGGGAUGGCGUUGGGUAUUUUGGAUCGUCGCUAUCAUUGUGGGCUUUUUCCUUGUUCUGCUGUUUCUGUUUGUUCCCGAGACCUUCUGGGACAGAAGGCCUCGUCCCCGCAAACGCACAAAGCGACCGCACAUGUACCGCAGCGUAUCUGAUAUGGUUACUCAUGGCUUCCGAGGCAGGCACCCUCGCGAGAAGCCAGUGGGGGGAGCUGAUAAUGAAGAUGGAACUCCUGCCGCGCCACGAAGAGAGCGGAAAAAUGUCGGUUUUGCUGAGAGCGAGAAGAGCGGGAAAGAGGAAUUAGAAGAUGAAGUCACACCGACCAUCGAUGCUGCUGGCGCGAACAAUCCAGGCAACAAUGAUGCGAUUGAAGUAGAGGCGGAAAAGUCGGCAGACAGCAGUUUCCCUCAGGUACCAUCUCCUAGCGCACAUCCGACGAUCCAGGAUUGUUCGGGCAUCGAUGCUCUUUCUAGAGACCGAGACAUCGAGGCUGCUAAAGCGACUCCAAUUCCAUCACGGGACGCGUCCAGAGACUCAACACCUACGAAUACCACUUUCUUGUAUACGCAUCGGCUGCGAGAACAGCCACCUCUCCCUUUCCUCCAAACUCUGAAGCCGUGGAACGGUCGGCUCGUUCGUGACCGUUGGUGGCGUGUCGCUGUUCGACCGUUUGUCCUCUUCGCUUACCCAGCAGUUUUGUGGUCUACAUUGGUGUAUUCUCUCUCCAUUGGUUGGCUGAUCGUGCUCUCUGAGUCCGUGGCCCAUAUAUAUCAGGGCAAAGAGCACUACAACUUCUCCCCGUUGGGCACGGGGUUGGUGUAUCUCUCCCCUUUCAUCGGUGGUGUCAUCGGAACAGCAGUCGCUGGGAGGGUAUCGGAUAUCAUUGUCCGGUUCAUGACCCGACGCAACGGCGGUGUGUACGAGCCAGAAUUUCGACUGGUGAUGGCCAUACCAGUGGCCGUGACGACUGCGGCAGGCCUGAUGGGCUUCGGAUGGAGUGCACAGGAGCGAGACGCCUGGAUCGUACCAACCAUAUUCUUUGGGCUGAUCUCUUUUGGUUGCUCCCUGGGCAGCACGACCUCGAUCACAUUCUGCCUGGACAGUUACCGACAGUAUGCAGGAGAGGCCCUCGUGACGUUGAAUUUCAGCAAGAACGUCUUUCAUGGGCUUGUAUUCUCCCUCUUCUUCGUCAACUGGCUGGAAAAGGACGGACCGCGAACCGUGUUCCUGGCCAUAGGUGGCAUCCAGAUUGCUUGCCUGCUGACCGCGAUUCCCAUGUAUAUUUUUGGGAAGCGUGCUCGGAUGUGGACCGUCCGGAAGAAAUUGAUGGAGUCACUAUGAACCAGCUUCAAUUAUUAUUAUUCUGGUCGGUCUACUCCGUAUCGCCCCGUCUCGAAAGUAGUCUCUGCGUGCCGGACCGCUGGUGUGUGUGUUGGGCAGCGAUACCCCUUUCGAGCGGCCGUGUUCCUGCAUGGUCAUGGACCUAGAUAGCGGGGUCUGAUUCUGCCUUGUUUUUUUCCCACUUUAUUUUUUUAGCCCCCUU